CCCCGCCCAUUCUCCGCAGCCGCCAUGUUUCUGCCAGAGAGACGAUGACAGGAAGGGGAAGCGUCUGAGCGCUGCGCCGCCGGCUGUGUACAGUGCACGGAGAGGCUGCGGGGGACACGAAGCUGGCAAAGCGUGCUGUAAUCUCCGUCCUCUCCCGUGUCAGAGCUCGGUGCCCGUCGCGUGGUGACGCAGUUUCGGGGGAUGAGGCAGUGAGGGGGUCGCACGGACUCGGGGCUGCUGUGUGUGAGCGCAGUGUGGUCCCUCCCUUUGAGGUAUUUUUAGAUCGGAACGAGGAGCUAUUUCUGUUAUUAUUUCUUAUCUGUCAGAAUCGGGCAAGGUGUCAGCAGUCUCCUCCUGUUCAACCUCAUCACCCCCUGCAGCCUCUGGAGUGAAACUUUACCGUGUACAUUGCGCAGGGGGAGGGCAGCUGAUGUCACCCAGCGCCUGGGAGUACCACCAUUUGCCCAGCACCUGAGACUGCCACCCUUCAUCCUCACCCAGCUACCCUUCAUCCUCACCCACAGUCUGAGGGUACCACCCUUCUUCCAGCAUCUGAGUACCAUCCUACAUCCUCACCCCACUGAGAGUACCACCCUUCACCCAGCAUCUAAGAGUACCACCUUUCACUCAGCAUCUGAGAGUACCACCCUUCUUGCUUUCAGCAUCUGAGGGGACGAUUCAAUUGUUUUUAGCUUCCGUCUAAACUACACUAGUCCAGCAUCUGAGAGUACCAUCCUUCUUCAUCUACUCCCAACAUCUUCUCCAUCUUUAGAAGCAGAGGUGCUAACACACCCCAUGCCAGUACUGACCUCUGGACUCUUCACCAGCCUGGGACCUGUCAUUCUCAGCCAGGAGACCUCUGGAUUAAAACCAGUUACUGGGAAGUGAUCGCCACCUGACACAUCUGAUUUCUGGCUUUCCUGUUAUUGUCAAGAUGUCCAAUUCUGUGCCAGUGGAUAUGAUUAAUUUGCGUCUCAUCUUGGUAAGCGGCAAGACAAAAGAGUUUCUCUUUUCACCAAACGAUUCUGCAGCAGACAUCGCAAAACAUGUCUACGAUAAUUGGCCAAUGGACUGGGAAGAGGAACAGGUCAGCAGCCCGUGUAUCCUCCGACUCAUUUAUCAAGGACGGUUUCUCCACGGCAAUGUGACUUUAGGAGCGUUAAAACUUCCACUUGGCAAGACAACGGUGAUGCACUUGGUUGCCAGAGAGACAUUGCCAGAGCCAAACUCUCAAGGUCAAAGAAACCGUGAGAAGACUGGAGAGAGCAAUUGCUGUGUAAUCCUGUAAAUGACGAUGUGUCUGCGAAGUGUGAUGUAAUAUAGUCUUUGUUUUUCAUGCUGCUGGAAUAGAGGAGACCCAUUGCUUCAGAGAACCUUAGAUCCAACUCCCUGUCAUAAUAUCCAUGGAAGUGAUAUAUUACAUGGACAGUCAUAGAGCUCUCUUCCCUGCAAGAGACCAAGAACAUUCUCAUAACGAUUUCACUUUUGUUUUUCUUGCAGAGUAACUUUGUAGUAUGUACUAGUAUCUCCAUGGUAUCUUUAUUUUUUAAUGCAUUCAGUAUUCUGGGGAAACAAAAACAAAGUCAAUAUCUUCUCUACUACAACAAUAUUCAUUCUAGCUGCAGCAUAACAAAAUCACUGAUUUCAGGCUGUCUACAUGCAGUUUGCACUGACAUCCGGUUGCCGACCUAGGCCUCAACAACAGAUAGCUGUAGCCAUACUUGUUACCAACAUUGUAUAGGACAAGUUCUACACUGGAAAUCAAGGCGUCGAAUCAGACUGAAAUCAAAGUAUUAGUGACGUGACUUCUACCUAAUGUAAUUAUUGCCCGCGGCGGCACAAGGUAGUAUCAGGAGAAUGACAAUAUGGUUUAUAUUCAAGGAACAAAGCUAAUUGUGCCUGUAAUCUGAAAGCACUCUGCAGAGGGCGCUGGAGUAAUCGUUAAUGUACUAUUCUGUGCACUCUUGUGGCAAGCGUCCGUUGCAUGCACGCUCAUACCAAGCAUACGAGAAGGGUGCCUUUCCUAGCCUUAAUAUGGGAGGGUUAUUUUUCCUGUAGUCCAUAAGCCUUUAUUAUUGUGCAGAGAUAUUAGCAGAUGUCAUUAUUAAUCAACCUUGUGUUUUAAUAUCAAACAUUGAUGUUUUCGGUGAUGAAAAAAAAAAAAAGACGACUCAUCCGUAAUCUAGUGUCCAACUUCAUGUCUAAAUAGUAAGAGACAACAAACCGCAACCUUAGUACUAGUUUUUGUUUCUUUAUGUAACUUGCAUUUAUACUAGUGCUUGCAAGGAUAUUACAAUUCAAGCAAAAAAAAAAAAUGCCAUCUUCUCAUUUCAUACAAAUAAUUUAAGACAUGCUAUGAUGAAUUUGCACAGCACUAAAGCAUGAAGCUACGUUUCAUUUAAAACUGUAAAAAAUAAAAUAUAUAUAAACAUUUUUUUUAUAUUUUUUUCCACCAGGGAAUAAGAGUAAAAUCUACCUGGUUGAAAUUACAAAUAUGUGUAGAAUAUAUUUAAUAAUAAAAAAAAUAUAAAAUGCGUUAUUAUAGAAUCUAACAAUAGAUUGGCAUAGUGUAAUAGAACAAUAUACCUAUACGUUGCUUUUGCCUUUAGAACACAUACAGUCACAGGUUGACCUGGCAUUCUGUAUUCAGUACCUAAAAACAAAAGGCGUUAAAGCCCCCAUUACAAAUAUUCCAUUUAAUAAUUUUAUUUCAACAGCAUUAUUUAGUGUAAUCAGAUUAUUUUGUUCAUUAUUAUAGCUUUGACGAAAUGCUUUAUAUGCAUUCGGUCUUAAUAUUGUUCAUACGGAUCUGACUUUAAAUUUGUAAACAGCAACAACAAAAAAAGACAGUAAGGAAAAAAACACAAAAAGAUAACAAUUGUAAAUAGCACUAAAGAGUUUUCUUCCUGCAACCUGUACUGAUAUAGAUUCUUCUGUAACUAAAUAAAAUAAUAUCGUAGUGCAUUUUUGUUGGUUGUUUGGUGGAUCUGAUCGGGACUGUAAUUGCUUUGAAUUUUUUGAUAAAACUGGAAAAGUCAUUUUAAACUUAACUUAAAAUCAAUGCAAUUUUUUUUUUGUUUCUGCAAAUUAAUCCCACUGAUUACUUUUGUAAUCCCAUUGAUAGUGAAUUGUUAUGAUAUUUUCCUGUAUAGCUAUAUAAUAAAGUCAAUUGUCACAA